UGGGUGUAUUGGAGGGUCGCGCUGCAACUUGUAUUGGGGAGAACAUUAGGGGAUAUGAUUGAUACAUUUUGUAUGUACAUGUAUAUCCCAUAGCGCCCUCCCUCAUGUACCCAAUAAGGCUCUCCCAAAUAUGGCGUAAAGAAAUAUCUUGAAGAAUGACAAAUCCUGAAAUCCGAUUUUGGUCACGUGUAUCAACAGUUAUCCAGGAUCAAAUAUGUGACGCAUUAAUAAUUAGGCCUACUAUUUGAUUUUUUUUUUCUUGUCUAAACGAUGAAAAUUUGACUAGGGUUUCAUUUCACCGAACAAAUUGGUUCAAAUUCGAAACUUAACUAGUUCUAAUGGACUGAAAUUUCAGACUUCAACAUGAUUAAGUUAUGUUUUAGAAAUUUCAUGGUUAAAGUUUCGAAUCCUUAAACGAAGAAAACACUAGGGAAACUAUCGUAUUUUCAUGUCGGAUGUCUGAAACAGACUGAAGAUUAGGCCUAGAUACUUUCAAAUGCACACGAUGCAACAUUUUUUCCGUGCCACACAGUAACUUGUGGUCGAAAAGGCCUGUACAGUGUACAUGUAUAGAUAUAAUAAGAUCCACUUUCGCAUAAGACUAAAACGUUUACCUCGUGAUCAUCGUGAUAUCUCCGGUGUAAUUAAUGACAUCAAUAUAAGAAUAAGUUACUUAAUACAGAGUAUUUCAUGUUCACUAUUUUAUUAAAUAAGCUAUCUUUUAUACAAUGAAGGCAUUUUCAUAAUUUCCCGCCAUGUAAUUUUUAGUCACGUGACACACUGGUCGCUCAAAUCAUUAAAAAGUAUAUACUUAGUGAAGACUGCAUAUCUUUGUUGAAAUUUGUUUUUUUGAUGUUUUGUCUGUUUGUCCAUGGACUGGAUUUUUGGAAGAAUAAUUGCCAAAUAUACAUGUCCCUUAAAUACAUUACCACUAUUGAAAGUAAGACCGCUUACGCUCAUGCUCAUUGGAGUCGUCUGCCAGAUUUUGUAAACAUAGAGAGACUACCCUAUCCAGAGCAGGAAUACGAUCAGUCUUAUUAAUUUGAUGACAAAAUCAAGGAAAACAUGUUUUGUAGAUAGAAGUGAAGCAAAUAAAAAGGCAUUGGAGUAAUCAGCGGAAGCUGGGAAUUACUGAAUAUGGAAAUGAGGAAGGAAACAAAUGAAGUGAAGACUGAUGUGAAACUAUUACUGGAGUGUCUGCAAUAUCAGGCUGACAAUUCUGCAGCAACUAAACAAGCUCUGUUUACUUUGGCCUCAAUCUUCUCUAAUUAUGAAGGAGCAAAAGAUCAUUUUCGCAGCAUUGGAGGACUAAAUUAUGUUUUCACCAUCAUAACAUCCACAACCAAUUCUGAAGUACAAGAAUCAGCUUUCUACUGUUUAGGAUGCUGCAUUGAAAAUAAUGUCUUCUGCCAAAAAAGCCUCACUACUACCAGUGUGUUUGUAUAUAUUCAUGGAAUCCUGUCUGAUACACAGUGUCCCACAAGACUCAAACAGACAGCUACCUUUUUUCUUCUCAACCUUGUUUCCAACAAUGGUCAAGGACAAACUUUAGUGAGGAAUACAGGAUGUUUAUCAGAUUUAUUGCAGUUAUUACGGACAUCUUUUCCAAAGACAGAAGUAUUUAACAGACGGGGAACUACUGAGUCAUGGUUUGAGGAUGUAGGGAUGACCAGUGUGGAGCUAUGGUCCAGUGUGGCAAGCACACUUUGCAUGUGUGUCAACAACCCACGCAGUGAUGAAAAUCAGAGCCGAUGUGGACUUGAGCUAGGAUUUAUGUUCAGCCUCAUACAGCACUGUGACAACCUCUCCAUUUUGCGACCUCUUCUAUCCCUAGUGGGCUUCACUGUUGCCAGCAAUGCUUGCACUCAAAAACAAGUUCGCCAGUGUGGAGGACUUAUGGUCCUCAUGGCACGGCUCAAGGUCGCCAUGGAUCUGGCUUUAUGUCAGAACUCGGAGUCGGACUCUCACAGAGCACAGAUAAACCUGGCUGUCACUAUUGCAGGGACCAUGGAUUCUUGCAUACUGGACAAUGUUGAGAAUGCUGAAGAUUUGAGUAAAGGUGAUGCAAUCCCUUCCAUGCUACAGUUGCUGCUAUUGGAAUCCAUGAAGCAGGAGGAUAAGCUUCAAGUAGUGCUGACACUGGGGACACCUUCUAGAACUAUCAUAACAUCAUUUAAUACUGUUAUAUCUGAUGAUUUCCCCCCAGGUGAAAGCAGGGUUCAGAUCGAUGCAGUAACUGGUCUCCCAGAUCUAGUUAAACUACUCACAGAAUCUGAAGAUGAGGAAUUCUCAAAAGCUGUUAAAUACCUUCUACAAAUGUGCAUUGCCAGAAAUGAGAAGAAUUCAGUUGAAGCUGAAGAGGAAAGUCUGGAUGCUGUCAGGAGAGAAAAUGGAAAGAAAAUGUUGUUGAAAAUUGAUGAGAUAAGUGAAAGAUUGAAAGCAAUUGAAAAAGAAGCAGAAGAAAAAAGCUUGGCACUACAUCAAACAGGACAAGGAAAAGAAACAAUGAAGAAGACGUGCUGUGAUACUGUGUCCAUGACACCACAGGAGAAAAAUCUCCUUUUUCAGCUACAACAGGAAAGAGAAGACAGAAAGAGGAUGGAGUCUUUAGCAUUUCAAAUGCAUGCACCAUCACCUCUUUUUCCGCAGUAUGGUUUGAUGUCAAGGCAGUGUUUAUCUGAAGAAAACUUUCCAGUUCAGGGACAAUCCUUCAUAGAGUCUGAUAGGCAAAGACUCCACCGACAGCUAUUAUGUUGUACACCAGAAAUCUUACAUCACCAGAAUUUUAAUACAGAACAUCUUAACAUGCACCAUAACUGCCCAGAAUACCCACGUAGAGUUCAGAGUGUUGGGCGCCCUAUAGACCAUGGAUCCUGUGUCAUAGGUCCUGAUGCAAAUACAAGAAUAUCCAUCACAAAUCAUCCAGGCACACAAUAUAAUUCUAGGAAUGCAAAUUCUUUACAAGAAAUAAAUGCAGAUUGUGAAACAAUUCAUCACCAUCCUGAUCAGCCUUCAAGUAAUACUCAAAUUAAAAGUUUCCCCCAAAAAAUAAAUCCUACAAAAAGUGAUCUCCUGGACCAUCGAGGGGACAGAAACAGGGUUAAUCAUUGUCCAGAAAGUUAUGAGAAUAAAGGGUGUUCCACAUCAAACAUCGAUGGCCUGGACUUAAGCAAAGGCCAGGAAGGUGUCAGUGAAAUUGAUCAAAUGGCUGAUACUACUAUAAACGACAAGUGUGAAAGUACAAGUAGGAUCACUCUAGGGAAGAACAUAGAUAGCUCUAAUUUGUUAUAUCCAGAUGUAGGACCUGAAGAAUUGGCACAAGCUGAUAGGGAAGGUAAGAUACAUGAGGAACCAAUGACGGUAACAUCUACCUCUGCAACAGACAUACACAAAAGGUCAACCUCAAGUGAUCAUUUUACAGACAGUACUCUGAAAAUAUCGGAGAAGACACCUGUUAAAGAAAAGGUCAGUUGUUCACAUCCUCAUGAAUCCAGGACAAAUGUUUCUAGCAAUGUUUUAACGAGCAAAUCCCAAAACUCAUGUAGUGAAAGAAAUUACAGUACAAGUUUAACAGGUGAUAAUAAUGCGAGCUGUGAACUCAAAUCUUCUGUGGCAAAGUCAUGUUCAAUUACUAAGAGUGAGAAAAAUGAUGUGUUUGUCAAACCAAAGCCUCCUCCUCCAAUGGCCAGUUGCUAUUUAACACCAGUAAAGCGCCCUGUUAAUACAAGAAUGACUCCAUCACUAGAUAGCAGGUGUGGGUCAUAUUCAUCAGUCAGGAGUGGACCAUCAUUGUAUCCAAAAUCAAACCUUGAAGAAUCAUACCCUGACUCUGACUGCAGCUCUGUUAUAGAUACAAGGUCUGAAUUUGAUUUUGACUUGGUAAAGGCUGCCAAGAAAAACAGAUUAUCACAAAAUAUAUGCUAUAAUGUGACUCCCAUACGACGUAAUUCACUGUUUACCAAAGGACAUCAGAGUUGCCGCAUUGGAAUCCGAGAGGGCCCAUUAAACAUUAAGAGUACACCAUGUAGUGUCAAAUCUAUUGGAACGGUGAGAGCUCGAGAUCAUAAGGAAACCUUCAAUGAAAGUUUUUCAGAAACAGUUUCCAGUGAUGAAGGAAGUCUUACUGAUGGUGGAGCUGAUGCUGAAAGCUGUGGAAACUCGACCAAAGAGAAUUUGGAGUGCUGUGAUAGUCAAAAAUUGUGUGAAGAGUUGAGAGUCUCAAAGUGUCCAGGAUGUACUGUAUGGCUUAACUCGCCAUCAAACGACAAACGAAUGUUGAUGAACAGUAGAACUUUCAAUUUGCUGUUGGAAACCAGCUUGUACACAUGUGAGAAUCACAAAGCUAUCAGAGACUGUGAAAGGAAAUUCAUCCAGAAGAUCAGAAAAAACUCUAAACUUUACAGUAAACGAAGGCCGCUACCCUCCAUUUCAACAAUCCAUACAGCUUUACAACCCACUAAGAAAACCAUGUCGGUGUAUGACUUCAUGUCUACUGAAUCGGAUAGCGACGGCAGGGUUACACCUCCACGAUCCACAAACUCCUGUAAGUACAACCUUGCAGCUUUAAAGGACGUCAUCUCACGUCGUAGUAGGAUUCCAUAUACGGAGGAAGAAGUGGACAACAUCAUGAAGGGUGUGGAACAGUUUGGCACCCGUUGGAACCAGAUCCUUGUCACUUUCAAGUUCCAUCAUUCAAGAACAGCUACUGACCUCAAGGACAAAUACAAAAGAUUGUUGGCCUCACAAUCGGAUAUUCUAGAAAAAACGAAAGUAUUUGUCGACAACAAGGCCCCAAGGAAAAGAGGCAGCAAACUGUUUUCAAUGUGUGAGGAGCGGCGUUUAAUAAGAGGAGUAAAAAGGUAUGGUUACAACUGGAAGUCCAUUCUGAAGUCCUAUAGCUUCUCAAAGGGACGUUCUUCACAUGAUCUCCGUAACAGAUGGAGGACCAUGCACAGAAAAGUCACACAUGUAUGAUUCUUCUCGGUGGUUCCAGAAUUGUUGUUUUCACAUAAUUUAAUAUGCUCUAAAACGUACUUCAAAGAGUCUUCGUUUACAGAUUGAGGAGCAUUCGCAAAAACAUCACACAUGUAUGAUUCUCCUCGAUGAUUCUAGAUACGUUGUUUUAACAUGAUUUAAUAUUUUUCAAACAUAUUUUAGUGAGGUUGAAUGAUAGUGUUUGUCAUCAUCAAUACAGUAAUAUGAAUUACUUGAAUCCAGUAUUGACAUUUUGUUUAAACCAGCUUGGUUAAUGUAGAAAUAUCAUUUAAGUGGUUGUUUCAUGUACUCUUAAUUAAGAAGUAGUCAUCAUUGAAAGUCUGUGAUAUAUUUAAUUUGUUGACUCGUUAACCUGGAAAUUGUAAUCAAAUCGCCCAAAAUUUUUCAGAAAAUUAUGGUUAUAACAGAAUAUAAUCAAAUGUGUUUAAUCUAUAGUGUUAUAUUAAUCAUUUUUAUCUCUGGUAUUGUCCAUGACGAUGACUUAAGUAGUUGUUUACUUUGUAUAAAAAUGUUCAUAUUUAACAGGAUUGUACAGGUACAUUGUAAAAUGAUGAUAUGAACCACAUGAUGAUUUUUUAUUUUGUCAUCAUAGUAAGUUUUAAAAUAUACUAAUUUCUAAGUACAUGUAUGUAAAUUUCACUUCCUUUUUCUAUUGGGAAUGUGAUGAAUAUUUGUUAUUUGCUGUAUGGAUUUUAUGACAAUAUUUGGUAGAACAGGUAAAUAUUGUGCCAUUUAUAUGAUAUAUUUGUGGAAGCAUAUAUUUUUUCGAAUUAAUUCAAUUCCAGGCGUGCUAAGUGUAGGGUAUAAAAUAUCCAUGAGUUUAAUUUCUGUAAAUGAGUACGAUUAUGGACAGAUUAACCCUUCAAUGUUGCUGUCCGUGACCAUCAAAGGUCUUUGUUAAAUACAUUAAUUUAUUUGUGUUAAUUGAUGAUAUUAUUUAUGAAUACAUUGUUAAAAUAAAGUAACAUUCAUUAAAA